GCCAGGACGGCCAGCCGGGGGCUGGGGCCCCAACAGCUCAGCCAGAGCGCUGUGCACCCAGCCGGUCCGCCUGUCAGGCCGUCGCCUUCAGUCGCCUGGCUUUCCGCCCUGCGGCGCCCGGCCCUUCCCCAUGCUAGCACCUCGAACUACGGACACCGGGGUCCCCAUGUCCCAAACCGAGGCUGACUUGGCUCUGCGGCCACCGCCGUCUCUCACCUCCGGGCCGAUCCGCUUGGGGCCACCUCCUCGCCGAGUGCGCCGCUUCUCUGGGAAGGCUGAACCCCGGCCUCGCUCUUCGCGACCAAGCCGCCGCAGCUCAGUCGAUCUGGGACUCCUGAGCUCCUGGUCUCAACCAGCCUCACUCCUUCCGGAACCCCCGGAUCCUCCGGACUCUGCUGGACCCACGAGGAGCCCACCUCCUAGCUCCAAAGAAACCCCGGAGGACACAUGGACCGGGGCAGCCCCGGUGAAGGCUGCAGACUCGGCAAGUCCUGAGCUUACGGGACCUUCAGGAGGUCCCGGGUCCCGGGAGCCACCGAGGCUUCUUGAUGCUGCAGCCCGGGAGCGGCGGCGGGAGCAGGAAGAGAAAGAAGACACAGAGACCCAGGCUGUGGCAACGUCUCCAGACGGCCGAUACCUCAAGUUUGACAUUGAAAUUGGAAGAGGUUCCUUCAAGACCGUGUAUCGAGGGCUAGACACCGACACCACGGUCGAGGUGGCCUGGUGUGAGCUGCAGACUCGGAAACUGUCUCGAGCUGAACGGCAGCGAUUCUCCGAGGAGGUUGAGAUGCUCAAGGGGCUGCAGCACCCCAACAUCGUCCGCUUCUAUGACUCGUGGAAGUCGGUGCUGAGGGGCCAGGUUUGCAUCGUGCUGGUCACUGAACUCAUGACCUCGGGCACGCUCAAGACGUACCUGAGGCGCUUCCGCGAAAUGAAGCCCCGAGUCCUUCAGCGCUGGAGCCGCCAAAUCUUGCGGGGACUUCAUUUCCUACAUUCCCGAGUGCCCCCUAUCCUGCACCGAGAUCUCAAGUGUGACAACGUCUUCAUUACCGGCCCUUCAGGCUCUGUCAAAAUCGGAGAUCUCGGACUGGCCACACUCAAGCGCGCCUCCUUUGCCAAGAGCGUCAUCGGGACCCCGGAAUUCAUGGCCCCUGAGAUGUAUGAGGAAAAGUACGAUGAGGCGGUGGACGUGUACGCCUUUGGCAUGUGCAUGCUGGAGAUGGCUACAUCUGAGUACCCCUACUCCGAGUGUCAGAACGCGGCACAAAUCUACCGCAAGGUCACUUCGGGCACAAAGCCCAACAGCUUCUACAAGGUGAAGAUGCCGGAGGUGAAGGAGAUAAUUGAAGGCUGCAUCCGCACGGAUAAGAACGAGAGGUUCACCAUUCAGGAUCUCCUGGCCCACGCGUUCUUCCGCGAGGAACGAGGUGUGCACGUGGAGCUGGCCGAAGAGGAUGACGGCGAGAAGCCGGGCCUCAAGCUCUGGCUGCGCAUGGAGGACGCGCGGCGCGGGGGGCGCCCACGGGACAACCAGGCCAUCGAGUUCUUGUUCCAGCUCGGCCGGGACGCUGCUGAGGAGGUGGCUCAGGAGAUGGUAGCCUUGGGCUUAGUCUGUGAAGCCGACUACCAGCCAGUGGCCCGUGCAGUUCGGGAAAGGGUUGCCGCCAUCCAGCGGAAGCGGGAGAAGCUUCGAAAAGCUAGGGAGUUGAAGGUUCUCCCACCGGAGUCAGGACCUCCUCCAGCAACUGCGUCCAUAGCUCCUGGUCCCCCCAGUGCCUUUCCCCCCGAGCCCGAGGAGCCAGAGGCUGACCAGCACCAAUCCUUCCUCUUCCGUCAUGCGAGCUACUCAUCUACCACCUCUGAUUGCGAGACUGAUGGCUACCUCAGCUCCUCCGGCUUCCUGGAUGCCUCAGACCCUGCCCUUCAACCCCCCGGGGGGGUGCCAUCCAGCCCCGCUGAGUCCCAUCUCUGCUUGCCCUCGGGUUUCGCCUUGUCCAUUCCACGUUCUGGUCCCGGCAGUGACUUUUCUCCUGGGGACAGCUGUGCCUCAGAUGCAGCGUCGGGCCUCAGUGACAUGGGAGAGGGGGGACAAAUGAGGAAAACUCCAGUGAAGAAUCUCCGUCGGAGACCCCGAUCCCGGCUCCGGGUCACUAGUGUCUCAGACCAGAAUGACAGAGUGGUGGAAUGCCAGCUACAGACCCACAACAGCAAGAUGGUGACCUUCCGAUUUGAUCUGGACGGGGACAGCCCAGAAGAGAUCGCAGCUGCCAUGGUGUACAAUGAGUUCAUUCUGCCCUCGGAGCGAGAUGGAUUCCUGAGCAGGAUCCGGGAGAUUAUCCAGCGAGUGGAGAGCCUGCUGAAGAGAGAUUCUGGUCCCCCAGAGGCUGCUGAAGACGCCCUGAGCCCUCAGGAAGAGCCAGCAGUAGUGCCUGCCCUCCCAGGCCCAUCCAAUGCAGAGCCCCAGAGAAGCAUCUCCCCGGAACAGAGGAGCUGGGCAGCCUUCUCCACCUCUCCGUCUUCUCCUGGAACCCCCCUGUCCCCUGGAACCCCAUUUUCCCCUGGGACCCCUCCUGUCUUCCCAUGCCCCAUCUUUCCCAUCAGCUCACCCUUCUGUCACCCCUGCCCGUUCUCCCAGGCCUCUUCACACCCCUGUCCACAGGCCCCCAGCUCCCCUCCCCCAUCCUUCUCCAGUGCUUCUCAGUUUCCACUCUCACCCUCUCACCUUCCUACGAGUUCUCUCCCCGCCAGCUCUCCUCACCCACUCUCUCCUAGUUGUUCCCAAGUCACUCUUAGCCCCUCUCCUUUUCCUGUCUGCCCCUCCCCUCCUCCCCUCCCCUCCCCUCCGGCAGCUCCUCUCCUCUCUCUGGCUAGCGCCUUCUCUCUGGCUGUGAUGACUGUGGCCCAGUCCCUGCUGUCCCCCUCCCCUGGGCUGCUUUCCCAGUCUCCUCCAGGUCCUCCGCCUAGCCUGCCCCUUCCCCUUGCUUCUUGUGGCCAGGAGAGCCUUUCACCCCAAACAGCUGAGGCAGAGAGUGAGGCUUCCCAAAAUUCUGCCCCACCGCUCCUGGGUGAAGCUAGACUGGCACCCAUCUCUGAAGAGGGAAAGCCCCAGCUUGUCGGGCGUUUCCAAGUGACUUCAUCCAAGGAGCCAGCAGAGGCACCCCCUCAACCAGCACCACCUCUCUCCAGUUCCCUAAAACUUCCAACCCCUCAGCUGACCUCAGAGAGCUCAGACACAGAGGACAGUGCUGCCGGAGGACCAGAGACCAGGGAGGCUCUGGCAGAGAGUGACCGCGCAGCCGAGGGCCUGGGGGUUGCGGUCGAAGAGGAAGGGAAUGAUGGGAUCCGAACUGGGGGAAGCUCCCCCCUCCUGAGUCAUCCCAGCCCGGUGUGGAUGAACUACUCCUACAGCAGCCUGUGUCUGAGCAGUGAGGAGUCAGAGAGCAGUGGGGAGGACGAGGAGUUCUGGGCUGAGCUGCAGAACCUUCGGCAGAAGCACUUAUCGGAAGUGGAGGCACUACAGACCCUACAGAAAAAAGAAAUCGAGGACUUGUACAGCCGGCUUGGGAAGCGGCCCCCACCCGGGAUCGUCGUCCCGGCCGCAAUGCUGUCCUGCCGCCGGCGCCGCCUCUCCAAGGGCAGCUUCCCCACUUCCCGCCGCAACAGCCUGCAGCGCUCUGAGCUCCCCGGCCCUGGCAUCAUGCGAAGGAACUCUCUGAGUGGCAGCAGCACUGGCUCCCAGGAGCAGCGGGCAAGCAAGGGGGUGACAUUCGCCGGGGAUGUUGGCAGGAUGGUGAGGGCGGGCCCAAGGGAGGGAGAGCCCAGGGAAUGGUGACUGGUAGCAGCUUUGUCUCUUUCCUCUUUGGGCAUUUCUUCAGCACUUUUCUUUUCCCCUCCAGUGAAUUCAGAACAGAAGUCCUAUGUCUCCCCAACACCAGGCCCACCAUGGCACUUGGGCUCUCAGAAUCUGAUGCUUUUGUGACCAACUGAACUCAGCACAGAACACCCCAGCACUGAGAGGGUAUAGAAGGCCUGUGGGCAUGGAGAGUGCGCUUGUGUUAUCCUGAAGAAGCAAACAUGUGGGAACUCUUUGCUGUGUGGAAAUGUCAUUUCUGUAGCCUACCCCACCUUCAUCUUCCGCUCCUCCCCAGGCAAGGGCCAACCACUAAGCAAUCCCACUCAAGUCCAGAUGCUUCUAGAAGGCCAGCUUCCAGCUGGGAGUGUAGGAGGUGUGCUCACACCACCAACCAAAGUUAACAGCAACCAAUAAAAAUACUGGAAAGGA